UGACGUAUUAGAUGACGUUUCGAUUUGAAUUUCUCAAAUACGCGCAACAUAUCCAAUAGAAAUUUCCAUACAUAUGUGCAAGUAAUGUAGGUUAGAAUUUUUUUGACAAUGGCCACUGACGGGAUUUCACCUGCACUCGCAAUUCGCUCCAGCGUCGGCGUGGAAUUAUGGCAUUCAGCCGGUGCAAACAACACUUACACAACGAACGAAAAGUUUGCUCGAGACGAGAGUAAAUUCUGUCGAGCCAUUGAAUUCAGUGGCGAUGGGCGAUACUUGGCAUGGGCAAAUGGCACCAAAGUUCAAAUUGCAUCUGUGAAUAACUGGAAUGUUAUCUGUUCAUUGCCACGUCCGAAAGCAUUCGCCAUAAAAUUCUCGCCUAAAGGAACGUAUUUAGCAACACUUGAACAUUAUUCAACACCCAAAGAUGGAUCAGAACCACAUCCAAAUUUCUGUGUGUACCGCGUAAGUACGAGUGAGGCCGUAUUUGCGAUCAUCAACAAGAACUUCCCUGAUGAUUGGAUGCCCGGAUGGUCGAGCGAUGAGGGAGUAUUUGCGCUCAUGGUUGGCGGUGAAGCUUUCUUUUACGAAACAAACGGUCCAGAUGGGUUUCAGAAAUCUGCCAAUAAGAUUGGUGGUAGUCGAGGUGGUGAACUAUCGAUUGCGGGUGGCGGUAGUAAUCCACAGGUUGCUCUUUAUGUUCCUGGUCAGAAAGGCCAGCCAUCUAUAUGCAAAAUUUUUCGAUAUCCAGCGCUUGAUGCGAAUCAAAUCAUUGCAUCAAAAAGUUUCUAUCAAGCCGAUCGUGUUGAAAUGAUGUGGAACAAACGUGCCUCAGGAAUGAUUCUGAUGACCAGCACUGACGUAGAUGCCACCGGAGCAUCAUAUUAUGGCAAGCAAGCCCUCUACUUUAUGAGCACAAAAGGAGAUUCGUGUUCGGUUCCAUUGAGCAAAGAGGGUCCUAUACACGCAGUCCAGUGGAGUCCCAAGGGAAACGAGUUUUGUGUAAUUUAUGGUUACAUGCCGUCCAAGGCCACUUUCUUCAAUUUAAAAUGUGACCCAGUGUUUGAAGUAAAAGAGGCAGCAAGAAACAGCAUUUAUUAUAACCCAUUCGGAAAUAUUGUGCUCUUGGCUGGUUUUGGUAAUUUGCGCGGAAGUGUAGAAGUUUGGGAUGCCAACGAGAAAAAGCUUAUUACAACAUUCCAAGCAGCAGACUCGACACUUUUGGAAUGGGGACCAGAUGGAGAAAAUCUUGUAACUGCAACAACUGCGCCUCGUUUACGCAUUGGAAAUGGAUUUAAAGUGUGGCAUUAUUCUGGCGCUCUAUUGCAUGAAACUGUUUGGCCCACAGGCCAGGAGCUGUUGCAAGUUUGUUGGCAAAGAUUUGCAGAUGGCUUAUUUACUGAGAAACCAAUAUCGAAUGUAAAAGUGGCGGGAAUUCAACCAAGCCAACCACAAAGCAGUAAGGCCGUUUAUGUGCCGCCAAAUAUUCGAAGCGGCGGUGGCAGCGCAAUAUCAUCGGCUGGUGUUUCACAGAGACCUAAUCAGCCACCAGUUGAAAGGGGUCCAAUUCCUGGCCUGCCAAUAGGUUACAAAGUUAGCCAAGGGCAAAGGAAAAAAGACCGAAAUGCAAAACGAAAAGAGAAUGAAAAUCCAAAACAAAACAUUACAUCAAAUUCAAGUGCAAAUUCAAAUGCCACAAAAGUAGAAGGUAACUCACCUCAGACGAAUCCAAAUCAAGCGAAUCCAACGUCAAAUAAUAAGCGAAAUCAGCGACGCACACCGCGACAACCAAACAAUCAAAACCACACAAAUGGUAAUAGCUCGAACAUUCAGAACAUCAGUGAUUCCACGCCCACUCCCAAUUCUAAUGCCAAUACCAAUGUCAAUGUCACCAACAAUUCAAACACAACUCUGCCAAAUGAGGAACAGCCAAUUGCAAAUGGGUCAGAAGCACAAAAACGAGAAAGAAGACCCCGAAAUCGACAACGAAAAUCCGAAGGGGGAGUCGGUGGUACAUUGGGAGAUCCAGAGAAAGACAAACGAAUGCGUACGGUACAACAAAAGCUACGAGACAUUGCCAAAUUAAAGGUUCGCCGAGAUAACGGUGACAAUCUUGAAGUCAAUCAACUGUCAAAAAUUGGAUUGGAAGCCGAACUCAUCAAAGAACUCAACUCGCUCAAAGUCGAAGCUUAAAACAAAACGAUCGCUUGAAGAAUAAAUCAUCAAAACAAAUCUAUGUAUGAACUUCGCCUUAUAAUCGUUCUGAGGGUAUACCAUUCGUAGUUUUGCUUGACUUUGAAACAUAUAAAGAAAGAAAAACACCAGAUCGUUGCAUGAAUCGAAUAAAAUUGUACCACCACUUUUUGUUAAUUUGGAAUUUCAAAAUUAUCAUCAGGUUAUGACACAUUUAAACAACACGGAUAACUAGCAAAUCUAGAACAAGGAAAUAAACACUAAAAAUUAAAUCAUCUGGAUCAAAAA